AUGGCUCUGCGUGCCAGGCUCGUUUUGCUCCUCGUGGCCAUAGCCUUCAUCCUUGCCAGAGCCUCCGAGGAGGAUGGUAAAAUCGUCAACGGCACCAUCGCUGGUCCGGGGGAGUUCCCCUUCGUGGUCUCGCUGCGCCGCGCCAAAAGUGGACACCACUCGUGCGGAGCCACGCUGCUUAACCCGCUCUGGGUCCUCACUGCAGCCCACUGCGUGCGCAGCUCUUUGCCCGAGCAAGUGAACAUACAGUACGGCAGUCAGACCCUGGCGCGCAACUCCAGCCAGCUGGCCCUCGUGGCCGCCAUCUUCGUCCAUCCAGGCUAUGACCCGCAGGACAAGUAUGUCCACGACAUCGCCUUGCUGCAACUGGCACAUCCCGUCACGCUGAGCAAGUUUGUCCAGCCGGUGCGUCUGCCGGAGCCUCGGCAAGAAACCCCUGGAAACGCGAGUGCCGUCCUUGCGGGCUGGGGAUUGAAUGCGACUGGCGGCGUGAUCCAGCAGCAUCUACAAAAGGUCCAGCUGCAGGUGUUUAGCGACAAGGAGUGCAGCGAUCGCCAUCAGACGCAGCUGCACGAAAGCCAGAUCUGUGCUGGAUUGCCUGAGGGCGGAAAGGGCCAAUGCAGCGGCGACUCUGGUGGGCCGCUGAUUGUCACUGGCUCCGACACCCAGGUGGGGAUUGUUUCCUGGAGCAUCAAGCCCUGCGCUCGGCCACCGUUUCCAGGCGUCUUUACCGAGGUCUCCGCCUACGUUGACUGGAUCGUGGACACGGUGGGCAGCUCCUCCACGUCAUCUUUGCUUUGGGUUGGUCAGCUUAUCGUGGGACGCUCGCCACCAGAUCUAAGCAUCUGAAGGACUCCAUUAGCCCCAUUAAAAAUA